AUGCCCCCGAGAGAUGCUGUUCCGACGUCAACGCAGCUAAGUGGAAGUGCUUCAGACGGGGUGCAAAAUGAUACAAAGGUGCUCAAAAAUCGACCGAAAGCCAGUGCUCUCCGACAACAAAAACUCCCCGCGUGGCAACCAAUCUUAACCGCAACAACAGUUAUUCCAACUGUUUUCGUCAUCGGAGCCAUCUUCCUACCCAUUGGAGUUUUUCUAUUCAUUGCUUCCGAUUCGGUUUCUGAAUAUCCCAUAGAAUAUACUAGCUGCUCACCAUCGCCAUGUCAACUACAAAUAAAUCUACCAAACUCGUUUGACGGAGAUGUCUACUUGUACUAUAAUCUCGAAAACUACUAUCAAAAUCAUCGUCGUUAUGUUAAAAGUAGGAACGAUCAACAAUAUUUGGGAGAUUUAACGAAUGUGAAAGACUGUGCUCCAUUUGAUUACGAUCCUGAAACGAGGAAACCAAUUGCUCCAUGCGGGGCCAUUGCUAAUUCUAUUUUCAAUGAUACUUUCCAACUCUCUUACCAACCCGUCGGUGGAUUCCCUAUUCCAGUGCCAGUCACAACACAAGGCGUCAUUUGGAAUGUGGACAAAGACCGCAAAUUCAAGAAUCCCGCCUUCCCACAAGGAAGCAAUUUGUGUGAAGCAUUCAAGGAAACUGCGAAGCCGCCAAACUGGAAGAAAAGUCCGUGUGAAAUGGGAGGAUUCGAGAACGUCGACUUCAUUGUCUGGAUGCGUACAGCUGCGCUUCCAUACUUUAAAAAGCUUUGGAGAAUUGUGGAAAGAAGUUCGAAUGCAGCAUUUUCAAAUGGAUUACCAAAAGGAACAUAUGUCUUGACUGUUGAAAAUAACUACCCCGUGCAAUCUUUCGGUGGCAAAAAAUACUUUGUGAUUUCAACAACAAGUUGGGCAGGAGGAAAGAAUUCAUUCCUUGGAAUUGCUUAUCUUGUUGUAGGAUGUCUCGCAAUCGUACUUGGAGUUGUUUUCGUUUUCAUUCAUCUAAAAUUCGGACAUUCGUAA